AUGGGUUUGGUUGUUUCAGUCUUAGAAGAAGAACAAGAAGAGGAUAGUAAAGGCAUCUAUGGAACAAGUGCUCUGUCUCUUUCAUAUUGGUAUGGAAGAGGGCAUGAGAAACGUGAUCUUUGGAUGAUGUUGAUAGCUAGGGUUUUGGAGAAGAAGGAUGAUGUUGAAAUUGGAUCAAAAUCUAAGGCUUUUCCUACAUAG